AUGGCUGGCGACAACGACGAAGAAUUGAAGCCCGAGCAGACUGCCGGCUUCAAGGUCGGCCAGCAGCGCACCAUUGAAGAGUUGAAGGAGCUAGACAAGAACGAUGAAUCCGUACGCAAGUGGAAAGAGUCCCUCAUCGGAGGCGGCGACCUCUCCGACCCCAACGAUCCCCGCAAGUGCAUCAUCCUCUCCCUGGGUCUCGAAGUCCAGGGCCGCCCGGACAUCAUCAUCGACCUAAAGGACCCCUCCUCCCUCGAGACCCUCAAGACCAAGCCCUUCACAAUCAAGGAGGGUGCCGAGUUCCGCAUGAAGGUCACUUUCAAGGUCCAGCACCAGAUCUUGUCUGGCUUGAAGUACCUCCAGGUCGUGAAGCGCGCGGGUCUCAGCCAGAAGCACCAGGAGAUGAUUGGCUCCUACGGUCCCAAUACAAAAGACAAGCCAUUCUACGAGAAGAAGUUUGAGCCAGACACGGCCCCCUCGGGCAUGCUCGGACGUGGCAAGUACAAGGCCGUCUCCAAGUUCAUCGACGACGACAACGAGACGCAUCUUCAAUUCGAGUGGGCUUUCAACGUUGAGAAGGACUGGUAG